UUUCUCACUGCGCUUCGUUAGUCAGUGUAAAGCGGCUCGUCGUCUUGAAAGGUCAAACAGCGUCUUCUUGGCUGCUGCUCACGUAUUGCGUGGCCUAAGCACACAGCUCCAUUGAACAAGCGCGGCUGCCCUGAAUUCGGCCGAUCCACAUAACACCUAGCUUCAUUCCUCUCGUCUCUGUCGCAGCUUGGUGAAAAAUGGGAGCCGGUCGUGGAGGAAACCCCGUUUGGUUCGUUGUUUGGCUGCUUGUUCUCCUCUUCAUCGGCCUGUGGGUCGGCUUCUUCUGCGCUGGAUGGUACGUCAUCCUGGCACCCCUUGCAGUCUGCAUCCCAGUACUCAAGGGCUUGACUGACUUAUUGAUGAAAGGAGUGCAGUUCCCAGUAUUCUGCGCAGAGUCCAUGAUGGCCAUGAAAUCUCCUUUUUAAUUUGAGGGUCAUUUCAUUUCACAAAAAUCAAAUUUACUCUCACUUUUGAGAUGUUAUGAAAUAUUGUGCCUUUUUAACAACUAAAAUUAUAUUAAUACAAACUAUAGCCCCUGCAAAAUAAUCCACAAGAGAUAUUUUUUUAUGACAAAUAGCUCUAGCAGAAGUACAACAUAAAAAAUGUCUAAAUAGUAUUGAUGAUUAUCCUUUCUUCCAAAUCACACGCUUGCAAAUGCAGCAAGCCGUUUUAUUACUUUUGAAAAAGUCCAAAAUUUCAUGCAUAAUUAUCCUUUAUAAUAUGUUUAACAAAAGUCUGAUAAUGUGAAGUGAGCGUGUUUAUGAUAUGGCAAGAGCCAGAGAUCAUACGAAUUAAUCAAAUAAUUAUUUUGUGCCUGUAAUAAAUAGACUUCUAAAUAAAUUUAUAA